AUGACUUCUUUGGCUUCAUUUCUAAAAGAGAACCUCUGUGAAUUUCAUACAGGCCCAAUGAUCCUGCAGUUGAUUCUUUUGGUAUGUCUGGUUCUUCCAAGGACUAACGGAAGCAGUGCCACAGUCCAAACCGCCACAGGCGAAGUGGUUGGUUAUUCUACUGUUGUACCACCAGGCGUUGCUGAAGAUGUUCUCACUCUUGGCAAGGCAUCAUCAGUAAACGUUUUUCUUGGUAUACCAUAUGCGCAACCUCCUAUCGGACAGCUCAGAUUCGCCCGAACUGUACCAGUAACACCAUGGAAAACCCUGAAUGCCUCAUCAUUCGGUUCAGCGUGCCACCAAAACAUAAACGUUCUAAAGGGAUUUUAUAAAGAAACUAUCGAGCUGAACGAGUUUAGUGAAGACUGUUUGUAUCUUAAUAUAUUUACACCACAGUUCGGCAACAAUGCCACGAGUAAACUUCCCGUUAUGGUGUGGAUCCACGGUGGGGGAUAUCAAUACGGAUCAACUAAUCUACGUGAUGGACGGGUCUUGGCUACCAAUGGAGUCGUUGUGGUGGGGAUUAACUAUAGAGUCGGCGUUAUGGGUUAUUUGUCCACUGAUGAUGACGUAGCUCCCGGAAAUCUUGGUAUGUUGGAUCAGAUAGAAGCCUUGAAAUGGAUCCAGAAGAAUAUCGAGAAAUUUGGUGGAGAUCCUACCAAGGUGACAAUAUUUGGACAAAGUUCAGGUGGAGCUACGGUCACAAUGCACAUGUUUUCUCCGCUAACCAAAGGUCUGUUCCAUGGUGUUAUAGCUGAAAGUGGAGUAGCCACAGAUACGUUCGCAAUUUACCGUCCACCAUACCAUCUGUUGGAUACUACUAGGUCGCUAGCCAAGGAAGUUGGAUGUACUGUCAAUUCCACUCGAGACAUGGUGUCCUGUCUAAGGACCAAGCCAGCACAGUUAUUGGCUGGCACAAGCAUCUCGGAGAGGCCUCCGAUGUCUGCACCAUGGGUACCAAGGGUAGAUGGGUAUUAUAUCAAGGAUCUACCAGAGAAUUUGCUGGCGAAAGGACAAAUCCACCAAUUGCCACUGAUAGCUGGUAGUGUCACGUGUGAAACUUGCUCAGAUUAUGAAUUUAUAAAAGGCAUUGAGAAGGGAUUGACCAAGGUCCAGUUUGAGAAAGAGUUUAGAGUGUUCACAACCAGAUUUGGAGUUAAAGCGACCCAGAUGUAUGAAGCACUGGUCUGCCAAUACUAUCCCAGAGCUAAUGAUCUAAAAGGAAACUGGAAAAGACUGAAUGAGUUUAUGGGUUACUAUGAAUAUAUUGCUGGUAUAUACAGAAUGGUGGAUAGCUAUGUAAAGAAGAACCCUAACAUCUGGUUGUACAGCUAUAAUUAUAGAUCAUUGGUUGACAACUCUCCGGACUUCAUGCAAUCUUACCACUCCAUGGAGUUACAAUACGUGUUUGGCCAACCAUUUCUUGAAGGAUUUGGACGACCUUACCUCACCCAAUUUAAGAAAUUCAAUCCAGAAAGUUUCAAUUGGACGGCAGACGAUAAACAGCAUUCCCGCCAAAUGAUGAAAAUAUGGUCAGGAUUUGCCAAAACUCUGAACCCUGACUCAACAGGAACAUCAUGGCCAAAGUAUGACUUACAACAGAAGACUUAUUUACGGCUGGACAAAACCAACACCAUCAAACAUGACCAAGCUCCAGUGGAAUUGGAAUUUUGGAAUGACUUUGUACCGAAAGUUUUAGCUGGUACAGCAAACCCGUCUGAUUGUCCUGUUAGGAAACAUUCUGGUAUCAUUGGAUAA